UCAUUUCCAAUGGACUGUUUGAAAGUUUGAACUUCAAACCAAACAUCACCACAUUGUUUGUCACCUGCCUUCUCUUCUCAAUACCACUUUUACCGCACUCUCUGUAUAUUAAUUAUUUCAAACACCUUUCCGCUCAUUCUUCUUCUUCUUCUUCUUCUUCGUUUUCGUAUCUGAAUCGUUGCGCCUUUGAUGUGUUUCAUUCACUCGUUACGCGGCGGAAAGGUGAUUGAAAGAGAGGCUUACACUGCCUAGUUUUGCCUCACUCAGGAGAUGGCGGAACAGAGCCAAAACGGUGCCGCUUCCGGAUUCUUAUCGGAAAUCGGGAUUCCCAGCGGGUUGAACAGGAUAAAGACUCGACGAGUUAACGUGAAUCCUGGAGCUGAGGAUUCUGAUCGCUUUAACGAGUCGCCGUCUACUGGAUUUUCAAUUUCAGCAGCUCCUAUGAAGCAGAAACUGAAGGCGCUAAAUAAAGGACAUCCGAGAUUCGGCCGUACUAGAGAAGGAUUCCGCAAAGGGAGGAAGAUUGCUCGGUGGUUUGCAUCAUCCUUUUUUAAGGAUUCUCACCAAGCUUUAGGUGAUUUGCCAAGCACCGAGUCUAGUGCCUUGGAGUUCGACAGGACUGACAAGGAGGAUCCUAGAAGAAAAUUUCGCAAGAUGCGGAAGAAUUUAUCUGGACAUUCACCAAAAACCAGACAUACAUAUAAGACACCGAAAUGUGUGAAAAGUUUUUCACAUGAAUUGGGUCCAAAAGGUGGCAUUCAAUCUGCUCAUCCUAGGGCUCACAGCUUUAAUGAUUUGAAGGAGCUGUUGGGAUCACUUCGUUCAAGAUUUGAUUCUGCAAAAGAAGUUGUGAACAUAGAGCUUGGUUCUUUUUCUCAAGAGAUGCUGGAAAUUUUGCAGAAGGCAGAUUCUUUAACCCCAGAUGAAUAUAAGAUGGCAGAGGAACUCAUGGUUCUUGCUCAACAAUGCAUUAACAUGACUUCUUCAGAGUUUCGCACAAAAUGCGAAACAAUUGUCCAAGAUUUGACUGUGAGGAGACAGACAUGUCAAGCUGGAUUGCUGAAAUUGUUAUUCACACGCAUCCUUUUCAUAUUGACUCGGUGCACAAGAUUGCUGCAUUUUGAGAAGGAUAGUGGGCAUGUGAAUGAGCAAUCACUUGAUAAAUUCAGAGAAUGUCUAGAAAGGAUCCCUUCAGUUGAUAUGAAUUGGGUUGUAAAUAAAGGAUUUGCAGAUUCUGAUAGAGGUGAUCUUCUGAAAGAAAAAGAUACUGCCAAGAAAAAGUUGCAGGGAAAUGAUCAUACAGGUAGUCCUUCUUGGGCAACUGAGAGCAGGUCUAAUGAGCCAGCUCAUGAGCAGGAAACAGAACUUGGAAUUAAUCACAUGUCUAUUGAGCACAAAAGAUCUCAAAGUGCAUUAACUGAACUUUUGGAUGGUGAGCAAUUUCAUAAAAUCCAUAACAUGUUUCAGAUGGAAUCUAUGAAUAGGGAGAAAGAGAAAUAUUUGGAUGACUCUAAUUUAGUAAUUUGCCGGAUAUGUGAAGAACUUGUUCCUGCUAUACAUUUGGAGCCACAUUCCUAUAUAUGUGCUUUUGCAGAUAAAUGCAUUUCAAAACAUUUAGAUGUGAAUGAACGUCUCCUGAAACUGGCUGAGCUACUGGAAUACCUGUUAGAGUUGCGCAAUUCAAGCAGUCAUGAACCUUAUGUAAAUCCUGAAAUUUUGAGGACACGAACUAAUUCUACACUUACUACAGAAAGUUAUUCACCAAAGUGCAGUGAGUGGCGUAAGGGGAUGGAUGAAAUGUUGGAGGAUCUCCAUGAGAUGGAUACUGCCUGCAUUGAAGAUUCUCAUCUUGCAAACUUGGUGAACUUGAAAAGCCACUUGCUAACUAAGGUAAACCAAUACGGCUCACCAUCCUCUAAUGGAAGCAUGGCAUCGACGUCAUCCACAAAUAGUCCUCGGGCAGGUGAUACCUUUUGGUUAGAUCAAAGUAAUUUGUCGGAGCAAGAGGACUUGCAGCAGAUAAAUGACCUGGCCGAUAUUGCACGGUGUGUUGCGGGGACAGAUAUUUUAGAAGAAGGAUGCCAUGAGUUUCUACUUGCUUGUAUGCAUGACCUGCAAGAGAUUUUGCAACACACCAAGUACAAAGCUCUUCUAGUUGAUACCUUUGGUGGUCGAAUAGAAAGCCUUCUGAGAGAAAAAUAUAUACUUGCUUGCAAUCAAGUGGAUACAACUGAUGAUCUUGGACAUCCAGAAAGCGCCAGAUCUUUGCUGGAUAGUGCAUCUCAGAGUAGUACGACAUCAACUCCUUCACAUCCUGCAAAUAAAGAUCGUACAAGCAUUGAUGACUUUGAUAUUAUCAAGCCAAUCAGCAGAGGAGCCUACGGCAAAGUCUUUCUGGCUAGAAAGCGAACUACAGGGGACUUAUUUGCAAUUAAGGUGCUCAAGAAAUUGGAUAUGUUACGGAAGAAUGAUAUUGACCGCAUAUUGUCCGAGCGUAACAUAUUAAUCACAGUGCGGAACCCUUUUGUGGUUCGAUUUUUUUACUCAUUUACCAGUACAGACAACCUCUAUUUGGUCAUGGAAUAUCUCAAUGGUGGAGAUUUAUUCUCUCUGCUCAAAAAAAUUGGUUGCCUAGAAGAAGCUGUUGCUCGUACUUAUAUUGCAGAGUUGGUACUUGCACUGGAAUACCUUCAUUCGCUGGGAAUAGUGCAUCGUGAUCUGAAACCAGACAACAUAUUGAUUGGCCAUGAUGGGCAUAUCAAGCUUACCGACUUUGGAUUGUCAAAAAUUGGCCUGAUGAAUUGCACCACUGAGCUAUCCACGCAAGAGACGGCGAAAAAUGGUAUUCUGGAUGCAAAUGGUCAACUGAAUACAGAUAAAGUUGAUGGUCACCAGUCAGCUGUUGGCACCCCGGACUACUUGGCACCUGAAAUCCUCCUUGGAACAGAACAUGGUUAUGCUGCAGAUUGGUGGUCAGUCGGAAUUAUCUUAUUUGAAUUUAUAACUGGAGUCCCUCCUUUCAAUGCGGAUCAUCCAGAGAAUAUUUUUGACAACAUUCUUAACAGAAAAAUUCCCUGGCCAGUGGUUCCUAAUGAGAUGUCUUAUGAGGCACAAGAUCUGAUUGACAGGUUUCUUGUUCACGAUCCAAAUCAGCGCCUAGGAGCAAAUGGAGCAUCAGAGGUAAAAAUACAUUCCUUCUUCUCAGGAGUGGACUGGGAUAAUCUUACUUUUCAGAAGGCUGCGUUUGUACCACAACCAGAGCGUAUGGAUGAUACAAGUUACUUUGUAUCACGAUAUAACUCAACUGGAAUGGAAGUUGAUGAAAUUUCGGUGAAUUCAGAUUCUGAUAGUUCCGAAUUGCACACGAAUUCCGGGGUAGAGAAAAUGGAUGAAUGUGGGGAUCUUGCUGAGUUUGAUUCUUCACCCCUGGAUCUUUCACUGAUGAAUUUCUCUUUCAAGAAUUUGUCACAGCUGGCAUCCAUUAAUCAGGAUGUGCUCUUGCAGAGUGGGAAGGAGUCGUCAAGGUGCUCGUCUCCAUGCAAAGGUUCCAACCUCCCUGGCUCUUGAUUCUCUUUCUCCAUUGUGUCAUUCAGGAACAGCAGAAUGGGAUAGCGGGGGAUGGGGAAAUCUUCUUUAAUAGCAGCCUGAUGGGACGCAUCGUAGUAUUUCAGCUGUAUAUACCCAUACAGCAUCUGAGCUUUAUGUUGCAUGCUUCAAGAAAAAUACAAUUUUAUGUUCCAUAUUAUCAAAAAAUGCUUUCUCCUUAGAAGUUGUGUUGAAUCUUGUUGGCCCUUAUGCUCCCACCUUUGCUGGAAUUCGUAGCUCUGGUCGACAAAUCGUUUGGGUUGCCACGCCUGUGAAUGGAUAGUCUAUCCAUCGUUUUCUUCUCAAUUUUAUCA